AUGAUCGAAUUAACCCAUUUUAUAGAUAAGAUUACUAAAAAUAACGUACCAGGUCUCAUAAAUGUAACUUUGGACAGUUUCACCAUUGGACGUUUUACAUCAUAUCUGCACGAUGGCUGUCCGGAUGGAUACAUGCAAAUUGCUGAGUCGGCUCGUACGCCCAUUGGCGGUAUGUGGUGUGGCACCUCAUGGGGACCAGUUUUAUUUUACAGUGAAACGCGAUCACUGAUUUUCACAAUUAAAUUAAACAAGUUAGCAAGGGAUCAAAGCGGUUACAAUUUUGAUUUUCGCAUCAGAUAUAAGGUUUUAUCUCGUGACAGUUCGGUUACUCGUUACGGUGGCAUCAAACUCGAAGAAUUGAAUCAAUGGUACAACCGCAGCAAUUACCUUAAUCAAAAUGCAAUUGAGGAUUUUACGAAUUCAAGUGGUGCACAUUCCGAUCGUUACGGGCAGGACUUCAGUUUGUUUAGUCAAUAUGCCAAUAAUAAAACUUUUGUAAAUUCCUUACAAAAACUUGUGGCAAAGGAUGAAAAUAAUUACACAGAACCACGUUAUUAUUUGGGUGACUUGAUACCAGGCACGUAUUGUUCACGAAUUUUUAGUGACUGUGACAAAAAAUCUUGCCGUUUGCAGUCUCCCAAUUAUCCUGGUAUCUAUCCAAGGAAUCUAACAUGUUACUUUGCAGUCAGACAGCAUGAUGUCCCUCAUGGCAAACAUGCGCUAAUUCUUGUGAGGCAGCCUAAAGGUAACUUGGUUUGGAUAUCCACACAGGAGACGACUGCAAAUAAACUCACACCCAGUGCAAGUGAAAAAGAAAAGAAAUUCGAACCCAGACUAAAAACUUGGAACGACUGCGAUUACAUUCAGGUGGGCAAAUUUAAAUGCAAUUUAUGUGAUUACUCCUGCAUACAAACCAAUUCUUAUAAACGGCAUAUACGUACUAAUCAUCCUGAGGUUUAUAAGAGAAUUGCUUGCGAUAUUUGCAAUUUUGUGACAAUAACUGAACAAAAAUUGCUUGCCCAUAAGGAAGAUCAUAAAAAAGGCUUAAUUGUAAAUUACGAAGAUUCAAUGGACGCAACACGUAACAAUUGCUUUAAAAAUCCCGGAAAAUUGCAUGACAAAACUAAUGAAAUUUCUGUUGAUUGUUUCUUACCUCUGGAGAGUGUCGAUUCAUUGCCACAUGAACCGCCAUUGGAUACCGGUGGAGUUACUAUACCUGCGCCAACAGAAGAUACACAAUUUCCAACUUAUUUAAAUAAUUAAUGAAAAUGUAAGAAGUUUUUGUU